AUGCCCUCCGUCGUACCCCCCGAUCAAACGUUGGCGGAAGCGUUCAACAAGGUCACUGGCGCAGAGUUCGCCUACAUGCUUGUGCCCGUGUUUGCGUUGACGGGAGGUUUCUUGCUCUUCUUGGUGGGACUCAAUCCGAAGCGUGCGCUGUGCUGGACGCCAUUUUGGCUUGUUCUGUCGGGGUUCAUCCAUAGCUUCUUGGAGCUGUCAUUCACGUUUUUUCGAGAUAACCAGUACUUUGGCAACACGAUGGACUUGUACUCGGCCGCGGACUAUCGCUAUGGAUUCCCCAUGGAAGAAGGCACUGCCGCCAUGGAAACUAUCACCGCGCUCUUGGAUGGUCCGAUGUGUUUGUUGGCAGCAUAUGCGUUUGUGACACAGAAACCGUACUACCAUCCGCUCGUCAUGUCGGUCAGCAUCAUGCAAUUGUACGGAUUGACGUGGUUCUGCCUGCAUCCGUUGUUCUCGGACGCGGUCCACAUGAGUGCCGAUCCUGGACUGUUUUGGAUCAUCUGCGUCGGGUGCAACGCCCCGUGGGGUAUUUUCCCGGCCGUGUUGGUGUACAAGUCGUUCAACGCGAUUGUGGAGCGCUUCAUGGAAGCCCCCAAGGCAAAAUCCGCCUAA